GUGCGCGUGCGCCGGUCUUUCCGGCUCCGGUCUCGUAACAAGCAGCGAAGAUGCUGAUGCCCAAGAAGAAUCGCAUUGCCAUUUAUGAACUCCUCUUUAAGGAGGGCGUCAUGGUGGCCAAGAAGGACGUGCACCUGGCCAAGCAUCCCGAGUUGGCCGACAAGAACGUGCCUAAUCUGCACGUCAUGAAAGCCAUGCAGUCUCUUAAGUCCUGUGGCUACGUCAAGGAGCAGUUUGCCUGGCGCCACUUCUAUUGGUACCUCACUAAUGAGGGCAUCCAGUACCUGAGGGACUUCUUGCACCUGCCCCCUGAAAUUGUGCCAGCUACCCUACGUCGACAGACCCGCCCUGAAACUGCUAGACCCAGGCCCAAAGGUCUCGACGGAGAGCGGCCUGCUCGUCUCGCCCGUGGGGAGGCCGACCGGGACACAUACAGGCGCUCAGCAGCACCACCUGGUGCCGACAAGAAGGCGGAAGCCGGUGCAGGAGCCGCUACAGAAUUCCAGUUUAGAGGUGGCUUCGGACGUGGGCGAGGACAGCAGCCUCAGUGAUAGCUACACAAUUUUUGUCCACAAUAAACUUUCAUAAAACACCAUA